AAGAAAUAUUAAAAGAGGAAAUAGAUAAAGUGUGAGAAAAAGAAAGAACUGUGAAGACUGAGAAGAGGACAAGCCGAGUAUGAUGUGGAUGGGCGUAUACGUGCUGGUGUGGGCGGCGAGGAUGGGCGUACAAGGUGUAGACCACAAGGUCGAGUGCUACCCUGGCCUCCUACACUUCCUCCUCGACUAUAUCGACCACUACACUUACUCCGAGGUCCACCUGGUCUUCCAAGGUAGAGACGACCUCGAGCUGAUGAGGGCUGGACGCCAACUAAUACUCAGGAGACAGGCCGUGACCAUCAACUUUCUCGACCUGAACACCCACCCGGAGGGACUGCAGACCAUCGCAGCGUCCACCAGGUCACCUCCAGGGUCGAGGGUGUCCUACUCGGUCCCUGGCGCCUAUAACAAGCCGCCCUAUUUCCAGCUCUACAGGAAACCCAUCUUCAUCACCAGCGUCCUCAGUACCCGAGCUCUACGACGCUCCUUUAACGUAUGUGGGAAGUAUGCUGAGUUCAUGUUUGCCUUCGUGACUCAUGCAUUGAGGAAGCAAGUGUCUGAGGGGCCAUGGGCUUCUUUAACGUUGUGGAGUGUGGGGGAGGAGGCGAGAGUCAGUCCCUGGGUCAUCAUAGGUAUCUCCUCAGACCUAUUGAUCAGAGAAGGCCACUACUUCCCUCUGGACAAUAUGGUCACACUGGCCCUCUGGGAUAGAUCCUGGAGCCUUCGUCAGGUAGCCCUUUGGGAGGUGUACCAGGCAGCUCGGAACCUCACUCACCGCAUCUCCAAGGUAGGAUUCUGGACUCUGCCUCCAAACCUCGCUCAGGAUGCAGAGACUUGUCCUGCAGCGAUGAAUGUCUCGUCAGGAUAUAAUGAGAGCCAAGAGAAGGGUACAAGAAGGGAGAAGGAGGAGGAGAAGGAGGAGGAGGAGCAAGAGACACAGUCGUUCCCAAAUGCCAACAUCGCCUCCCGCCGUAUGGACCUGACUGGCCUACACAUCCGCUGCCUUACAUUGAGUUGGCAGCCGUUCGCCGACAACGUACCGGAUGGUAAAGGAGGCAUCACCAUCGGCGGCUUCAUGGGCGAGAGUUUCCACCUUAUGAGCACCGUCCUUAACUUUACAUACGAAUGUCACAACGCUCCUGACCGUCAGUUCGGCAACUAUGAGAACGGGUCGUGGACUGGGCUGGUAGGGGAGCUCGUGGCUGACCAGGGAGACGUGAGCAUUACUGCCCUCGACUACACUUACCAGCGCUCCAGUGUUGUUGACUUCACCUUCCCGUCUGGCAACAUCGAGUACAGCCUCGUCGUCAAGAGGCCUGAGGCCGACCCUUGGUCUAAUUUCACCCGCCAGCUACAAGCCAACACCUGGCUGGCCUGCCUCGCCUUCUUCCUGAUAGCGCCCCUCCUAUACCACAUCCUGGCCUCCUACUCUCGCUCUGUCCCUCCGUCUUCUCUCCAAGACUCCUUGUUCACCGUCCACACACUAAUGUUGAAUCAAGGCAGUCUCUCCACCGAGAACGUUUUUAGCCGCAUCUUCCUCAUCACCGUGGUGCUAACGACGUGGCUGACCAUCACCUUCUAUACGAGCGUCCUUAUCUCCUCCCUGACGGUGCCACUCAUCACGCCUCCCUUCACUGACACAGCGGGGAUCCUCAAGGCUGGCACCCACAACCUGGGCCUUCAGAGAGGCAACUCAGAGGUGGAGAGACUGAGAACUUCGAAGGACCCCAUCCUCCAUAAGAUAUGGACCGACAUCGUCUUGAGGGACCCCAAAAACUUUGUGGCGACACCUGAAGAAGGGCUGCAGAAGGCCUUGAGAGAACCCUACGUGUUCAUGAUUGAGGAGAAUUUUUUAAUGUUUAAUUACGGCAGUAACUGCAGUUUGUAUCGACUGCGGGAGAAGGUCUUCAAGUUCGGUGCAGGGAUGGCCACACAGAAGAACUCUCCACUGCAGAUGGUGUUGAACCAUCAGGUUCUUAUCCAGCACGUAGCAGGAAUCUUAGAUCGCAGCGAAAAGAAGUACCGCCUGCCACCUCCCUUGUGUGAGUCUGACACCGUUGAGGCUCUGGGACUCACGCCUCUGAUCACCCCCUUCAUUCUGCUGCUGGUGAGCGUCUUCCUGGCACCACUCCUCCUCCUGGUUGAGACCCUCUACUACAAGUUCUUCAGGAAGCGAACCAAGAUAGGUCGUAGCUCAGUUUGGAAACUUAAUAAACAUAUGGGCAGCCAACCAAUCGUGGUUAACGAGCCUGGGAUGAACUACCAACAGAACUAGCAAUCGUGGCUAACAAGGCUGGAAUGAACACUAAAAAGAAACCUUAAUUGUGGUUGGGGUGUCACAUACAUUAUCCUCUACAAGUAGCGUCUCUAACCACUGCUUAUGUGUACAAAGAUGUAUAUACUGCCUUCAGACUAUAAAUAAGUUAGUGUUACGCCACUAUCGCUACAAAUGUGAUAUACUCAUUAUAAAUACAUAUACAGUGUACAAAAUUAUCAAUGGUCCCCGGAUGGGAUUCGAGCUCUGGCGACUUGAGGCUUCAGGACCCGACACGCUUGAUGUCUCCCGGCUGAUCUUAAACUCAAAGUUCCAAGUGUGAUCUCCCUUUAAAUUCCAAAUCCGAGAGAAUAGUAUAUUUCGGUCGAAAAAAUUACUAAGACAUACAUUUUUGGCGGUUUCGGCCCAAAAUUGGAUUUUGUUGAAAAUCUCAGUAUACAGUAGGUACUCCAGAGCAUGCUGAUUCUGAAUUUAUGGUCAAUGAUUCGAUUGCUGGAUAAUUAGUGAUCGUGAUAAUGCUUGGAACAUUUUAAGCGAUUCUAGUCUUACAAACCGGUCAUGCAUGAUAAAAACAGGAUAUAGAUAUGUUCUUACCACAGGUUGGCAACACAGGGGCUAGGAAGGGUCAAUAAUGUUCGUAAGUGGUUUAAAUAUGACGCAACAGUACUAGAUCUGUGCUUGGGGGUUGAGGUGGUUAGAAACACAUAGUAAAGUGAGGCAAGACCAAGGACGAGAUUCCUAUAUCACAAAAGCUGAAGACCUGCGAAGAAAAGAUUCGGAGGCUCUCAUGUGAGUGAGCGAAAGAUAUAUACCUAUUUAAAAAAAAAAGCGACGGUUUGGCGUAACUGAUCGUGAAGGAUUUAUGUUUGACAGGAGUUAUAAACACAAGGCCAAACCUCUGGGACUUUAUGUGAGAACGUAUGUGUCAUAAGCGUGGGCGGCCCUUAUGCUACAGUGCCGUGUGUGUGUGUUAUUGUUACGACCCUUUGGCCUCAUAGAGUGUAACAGUCACAAAUUCACAAAUUCACUAUAGGUCCAGGAAUAGAUCCCACCAAAUUAUCACCUCACUACUAUGGGGUAUAUUGAAAAUCAUGCAGUGGCUUUAAUUACCAACUAUAUUAACAAAUAAACAAACAAUAAUUAUAACCGUAUGUACAAAAAUAAAUAAAUACAAAUUAAAACUGAACAAAUGAACUACUCAACCGAGUG